AAGUGGCCCGGUUGUCAUGACAGCGGGGCUGCGUCCCGGGCGCUGGGUGGAGGCGGCCCGGGCUGCUUCUCGGCUGCCACCGCAGCCUGGGGUUGAGGCGGCCGGAGCCGGGGACGGCGACGGCGGCGCCCCCCGAACUCCGCCAGAGGGAGCGACGGCCCGCGCGGGACCGUAGAACGUCGGCCGCGCUCCACCCCCCGCGCGCCCCGGGCGGCAGCGCCGAGCUCUCGCGUCUCCGCAGCCCAAGCCUGCAGAAUGCCCCACAAGAUCGGAUUCGUCGUGGUCAGCUCUUCUGGACACGAGGAUGGCUUCAGUGCCCGAGAACUGAUGAUCCACGCACCAACUGUCAGUGGGUGGAGGUCUCCAAGAUUCUGCCAAUUCCCACAAGAAAUUGUUCUUCAGAUGGUAGAGAGGUGUCGAAUAAGAAAGCUGCAGCUGCUUGCACACCAGUACAUGAUCUCAAGCAAAAUCGAGUUCUAUAUUAGCGAAAGCUUGCCUGAGUAUUUUGUACCCUACCAAGCGGAGCGAUUUCGCAGACUUGGCUACGUCUCCCUCUGUGAUAACCAGAAGACUGGCUGCAAAGCCCGCGAGCUCAAGUCAGUGUAUGUGGACGCCGUGGGGCAGUUUCUCAAGCUGAUAUUCCACCAGAACCAUAUCAACAAGUACAACACCUAUAACCAGGUUGCUUUGGUUGCAGUAAAUAUCAUUGGAGACCCUGCAGAUUUUGGUGAUGAAAGCAAUAUUACCUCUAGAGAGAAGUUGAUUGAUCAUUAUCUUGGGCACAACCCGGAGGAUCCAGCCCUAGAGGGGACUUACGCUGGGAGGUCUGACUAUAUCUCUCCACUGGACGACUUGGCUUUUGACAUGUACCAAGACCCCGAGGUUGCACAGAUCAUCCGCAAGUUGGAUGAAAGGAAGCGGGAAGCUGUCCAAAGGGAGCGUUAUGAUCACGCCAAGAAACUGAAGCAGGCUAUCGCUGACCUGCAGAAGGUGGGCGAGCGUCUGGGGCGAUACGAGGUGGAGAAGCGCUGUGCGGUGGAGAAGGAGGACUAUGACCUAGCCAAGGAGAAGAAGCAGCAGAUGGCCUGCUACCGCGCACAGGUGUACGAGCAGCUGGAGCUGCACGGCCUCCUGCACGGCGAGCUGGAGAUGCGGAGGCCCCUGGACUUGCCCCUCCAGCCCCUGGAUCAUUUCAGCAGUCCUCACCACCGAAAGCCAGCCCCCUCACUGCCACAGCCAGAAGAGGUGGCCCCCGAAAGCCAGCUUGCCCACCAGCUUCUUCAGGAGAAGCCUUCCUCGAGCCCCCUGGCUCCUCCUCCGCGGCACACUGCAGUAGAACAGCUGCUGCCUGCCGGGGGCCCGCCUCCAAGGAGCAACGUGGACACCCUACCCUAUGACGAGCGGCCCCUCCCAGCCCCCCGCAAACAGCAAGCAGAAGUGUUGACAGAACCCGACGUAGGCGAGGCCGACCUGGGCACUGUGCGAAGAGGAGGUGUGGCCGGGGAGCCCGAGCCCCUGAGCGAAAAGGCCCUGAGGGAAGCCAGCUCCGCGGUGGAAGUGUUAGGAGAAACCCUGGUUGCCGGUGCCUAUUCCAAGACCUGGUCCUGCCGAGAGGAUGCGCUGCUUGGUCUGUGCAAGAGGCUGAUGGAGGUGCCUGUUGGAACCCUGAAGGAAGACGUGAAGAGCAUGCUGAGAGCAUCUGUCUUUCUUGUCAGAAGAGCCAUGAAGGACAUUGUGACCUCGGUCUUUCAGGCUUCUUUGAAAUUACUGAAAAUGAUGAUUACACAGUAUAUUCCCAAACAUCAGCUGAGCAAGCUUGAGACCACCCACUGUGUGGAGAGGACCAUUCCUGCCUUGCUUGCCAGGACCGGAGAUUCCUCCACCCGCCUGCGCAUCAUGGCUUCAAAUUUUAUUCAGGAAAUGGCCUUGUUUGAGGAGGUGAAGCCUCUCCAGAUCAUCCCAUCCUACUUGGUGCAGCCUUUAAAAGUCAACUGUUCGGCUCAUCUGGCCAUGAGUCAGAUGGACCUCCUGGCCCGGCUGCUGAGGGACCUGGGCACCGGGAGCACGGGCUUCACGGUGGACAGUGUGAUGAAGUUUGCAGUGAGCGCCCUGGAGCACAGAGUGUAUGAGGUCCGAGAAACAGCGGUCAGAAUCAUUCUGGACAUGUACAGGCAGCACCAGGCUCUCACUCUGGAGUACCUUCCUCCGGAUGACAGCAGCACGCGCAGGAACAUCCUCUAUAAAACUAUUUUUGAGGGAUUUGCUAAAAUAGACGGCAGGCCCACGGAUGCUGAAGUGAAGGCACAGAAAAAAGCAGCCACAGAAGAAGCAGAAAAACAGAAGAAGGAAGAGAUCAAAGUUCUGCAGGGGCAGUUGGCCGCGCUGCAGGAGACGCAGGCCCACGUCCAGGAGAAGGACAUCGAUACCGUGAGGCCCAAGAAUCAGGGAAGGAAAGCAGUCCCACCUGAGGAUCCGGAAAUUCCAGAUAACCACUACCUGGACAACCUCUGCAUUUUCUGUGGGGAGAGGAGCGAGUCCUUCACAGAAGAGGGCCUGGACCUCCACUACUGGAAGCACUGCCUCAUGCUGACCAGAUGCGACCACUGCAGACAGGUGGUGGAGAUCUCCAGCCUGACAGAGCACCUGCUGACAGAAUGUGACCAGAAAGACGGGUUUGGCAAAUGCCACCGCUGCAGCGAGGCCGUGCGGAAAGAAGAGCUGCCCAGGCACAUAAAGGCGAAGGAGUGCAAUCCUGCCAAAUCAGAGAAGCUGGCCAACCGGUGUCCCUUGUGCCAUGAGAAUUUCACACCUGGAGAAGAGGCAUGGAAGGUGCACCUGAUGGGCCCUGCCGGCUGCACGAGGAACCUCCGCAAGACACACAUCCUGCACAAGGCCCAGGCUGCGCUCCCAGGAAAAGGCCUCGCAGGGACCAAGUCAGGCAGCUCAGGAGCCAAGUCUGGAAGCAAGAUCCCCACCCCAAAGGGAGGCCUGAGCAAAAGCUCCAGCAGGACACACACAAAGCGGUGACAUGGGACCUUCCGUGCCCUGUCCACCAGGGACUGGGCAAGUGUUCCCAAACCAUUUCUCCUAAAACUCUUCUGGACGCACCAGCCCUGUCUCUGUCCCUGCUGCCCUAGGCCUCUCCUGUGCCAGCUCUCUGCUGUCCUACAAGUGAUGUAUGUGAAUCUGACCAAAGAGCCCCACCGUCGGGGCCCGCCGCCGCCCUGCGUGCUGAGCUCCAGGCCUGAUUUCUAUUAGGACAGAGGCACAUGGGCCAGAAGCCACUGCUCAGGGAGGAUCGGCACACGGAGCAUAUUCCUCCUUGCUGCCUGGAAAAGUCACCGAAGCCUGUGGCACAUGAGUCCUCGUCGCACAUGGCAGACUGUGCAGGGCACGAGCUCACUACAGUGCCCCGUGGCCCCGAGAGGGCAGAGUUCAGAACGAGCAUCUGACUGUGCUUUUCCUCAAGCCCAUCGGUCUCCACUCAGCCCAAGUAGUCACAGGGAAGCAAGGCCAGUGUCUGCAGGACUGUGUCCACUGUGGCAGGAAGUAAUGGUUAAGAAGAAAACCUGGAAAGCAGAUCCUGAAAUGACCCCGUCAGCACGUGCCCUGCUCCCGGCUUGCUUCCUGCCGCAGGCUGGUCAUGCCUUUGCCUGGGCCUGCAGCUGCUCUGCACUGGCAGUGUCCCGAGGAAGGAGUGUGGAGUGACUUCCCAGUGACCCUGCACUCACCCGGCCACAGGACGCCCGUCUCCAAACCUGUUUUGUUUCUGCCUACAGCAUCUUCCACAUCUGCUGACCCACCAGAAGCAUCCCACGCACUCCGCAGGCCCAGCCCCUCUGCCAGGUCUGUCCUCCAUCCUUCCUUGCCAUACUGUACCUGGGACCACAAGUCCACCUGUUUCCAGCAGUUCACACCAAAGCGCUGCUCAGGAGAUGACACAGCCCUCAGAAGCAGUCUCCUCCACAGCUCCUCCACCCUCCCCACAGGAGGCCUAGGCUUCCUUGUUAGACCUGCUAUUUCCCACAGCUGCGUGGAGAGGCCCAGGACCAUCUGGAACCUGCCGGAAAGCCCCAGUACAUCCUCACCUCAUUGUGCUGUCUCUGCGCCCAGGUGCCCAGUCCACCAGUGGCCAGGGUUGUGCUUGCUCCCUGUGGCCACACAGCAGGCUUUCAGAAUGCCACUUAGGAGUGUUUGGACUGAGGAAAUGAGUAUGGUGCGAUUAGUGUAUGAGUGUUUUUAAUUCCCAACCAUGUGAAACCACAAAAGGUAUGGUAACCAACAGCCUCAUGAGCCCCGACUCCUGGGUAUGUUAAUAACCAUUAAUCACUUCAGUUCCCAAACUAGUACCUCCAUUAGGGUUGUCUGGGAGUACUGGGUGAGAACAAGGCCUACCUAUUAGACGUCUUUCAGGUGUGGGAGAAAGAACGUAAACUGUGUGGGUCACGGCACAGCAUGCUCCUUCACUUCCAACAUGGCGGCCUUGGUUUCUAACUGCCCCCCCCCCCCAAGUACAGGUGAGACACUUCUUUAAGUAAAAUGAGAAAAGUUAACCAAGGAAUUAUUCUUUUCUCUUUGGACAAAACUUCAGAAAGAUACAUAUAAUGUUUUCUGCUCUAACUUAAAGAAGAUAUUUGUAAAAAUACUUCAUUUUUAGUGAUUGAUCAACAAAACUGGGCUCCUCCUCUGCUCUUUUGCUGGUGACAGAAGAAUCAUGUGCUUUGCUGAAAUGAUCCUAGCAGUGAGGAGUGGCCACUGAAGUUUUCACAGAGUUACACACUAUCCAGGGACCAGGAUUAAAGGGAGAAAAUAUAAAUGGAACCACAAGAUCCCUCAGCCAUUCAUAAAUAAAUAUCUAAAUUCAGAAUA